AUGGCUGCUACCGCGCCAAAAACCUCCACCUGUUCCAACGAGGAGACUUCAACAAUUACCGAUGCAACCCAAGUAUCGAGCCUCGCGGCAUCAUGCCCAACUUACACCGGCGAUCUCCAUCUCAUCAACAUUACGAGAACCAUCAACAUGACUGGCGUCGAGACUCUCAUCGGCGAUGUCAAGUACAGCAACGACUUCCCGGACGACUACGUUACGCUCUACAGCUCAACGCUCAAGAACAUCACCGGCGACUUGUUGAUGUACGGCGCCGGAGGAAAGAUUACCAAGACACCUGGAGACUUGAACAUAACGCUUCCUGCUCUGCGAGCGGUCGGUGGGCUGGGUGCAUACUGGGGAUGGGGCGACGUAUCGAUUAAUACGGAUCCAAAGCUCAACAUACCGAAAGGAUUCCAGAUCAGUUCUGGAGCAAGCCAAUCGGCGGCGGGCAAUUUGUACUUGAACGUUACUUAUACUUAUAGUAUUGGCGUUUCAGGUGUCGACUUUCAAGCCAGCGGGGGAGCACUCUUUACCUCAUCGGCGGAGAAGGUCGAACGCGAGAUCAUGAUCUUCGGAAACAGUGGACUAGAGCGUGUCGUCCUGGAUGAUCUCAAGUUUGUCAAUUAUACGGUAGACAUCAAGAGUAACUCGGACCUUGACUAUAUCUCUUUGUCUCUCUCCGAAGUCGGACUUUUGCGCGUCAAGGAAAACGGGAGAGAUACGCAUCUGUCAGUACCAAAUCUCAAGAAGCUCGGAGGCCGCAGCGACCCUGGCACUCAUACCAGCGGCGGGGACUCUGGCGGUAUUUUCAGGGAUCUUGUCAACGCCAGCCUACCAUCAUUGACUGAAGUACAUGGUGAUGAUGUGGAUUGGUUCAAGGGCAAGCUCAACUUCACCUCCAACUUCUUCUCAGAGCUUAGUCUUCCGAGUCUCAGGACGGCAAACUGCACGCUUGGCAUUGAUGAGAAUAUUGCGCUCAACGACUUCUCGAUACCAAGGCUCAACUAUGUCAAGGACCUGCAGAUACACGAUAACCCCCGCCUUCUCAACUUUACGGCCAAUUUGCUGAAGAAGGCAGAUAACAUCAACAUGACCGGGCCAUUUACCAACGUUGAGUUCUUUGGUCUUGAGGUCAUUACGGGAGAUUUCUACCUGGCCGGUGACAAGACUAUGGAUUGUUCUUGGUUUGAUGAACACUUCCUCAAUGACAUUGUCCAGGGAUCGUAUAAGUGCGUUGGCAACCAUACCAAGCCUGCCACUGAGCGCAAGCCCAGCACGCCGACUGAUGAGGCAGAUCUUCGAGACAAAGAAUCAGAGCAAGGGGGAAGUUCAUCGAGUGGAGGUGAAGAAGGAUCCGGCUCUGGGAGUGAUAGUGGACUGUCAACUGGCGCCAAAGCAGGCAUAGGUGCGGGGGUUGGUGUCGCAGGCCUUAUCCUUCUCGGUCUUGGAGCCGGGUUCUUGAUUGGCAAGAAGACGAAGAGAUCGCCUGGUGCAAUAGCUCACACUAGCGACUCUGGGUAUCAGAAGGCUGAACUCGAUGGCGAUGCUAAGCCGUCUGGGGGUGUGAAAGAGGCACAUAGUGUAGAAGCUUCCGAGAUGCAAGACACGGGUAAGUCUGAGUUACCAGUGAAUCAAGUGAGAGCCGAGUUGGCAGGAUGAAGCUCGACGAUCCUAGAAACCUUGAAGACUCCAUUACUUAC